AUGGCAAGAAAAUACAUGGAGCGAAAACUAUCUAAAUCUCAUCGGAGCACCAUACCCACGAGUUUCAAAGUGCCCGAGCCCUUUGAAUUCUACAACAAAGCGACGCCUUUUGUGCAGCGUACACUUCUAUUUGUCGCUGACGAAAACUCUGGCCCUAAAGCAGUUCAUAAUGCAAGUGAGAACGACACACAGGCACCGGAAGAACCCGGCACGUCCAAAUCUCACGAUGAGAAAUCGCCCAAGAAGAGCUCAUUUUUCUUCUCACCCUCGAAAAGUUGUAAGAUUCAUGGGCGCAGUUUUUUCCGGCUUCAGACGAGCCCAAAGAAGUCGAAAGCGGAGGCUUGUGAUGUAGCCACUGGCAACCGCGGGGCGGGGGCUCCGGGGCCGGGGGGACUCAUCAGCUACGCUCCCGGCUGGUCUCUGAAGGGGGAGCAUCUUAUGAAAUGGCAGGAAUCCGGGAAAACAACAAUAGAGAUCUACACCGAUUGGGCAAACCACUACCUAGAACGAGCCAGGUCCCGACGAAGGGCUGGCACUUCUGGAGGCGGCCUGGCUCGUGACUGUGCUGACGGCUUACUCCUGGCAGAUGUUCUUGAAGGUGUAACUGGACAGAAAGUACCACGAGCUCACCGGAAACCGAGGAACCCACAACAAAUGCCCUGGUUGGAAAACGUGCAGUGCUGCUUAGAUUUCCUUCACGCCCAAAAAGUCCAGGGUUUAGAGUCAGUUACAGCUGUUGACAUACGAGAUGCUAAAUUAAAAGCGGUGUUAGCUUUAUUUUUCGCUUUAAGCAGACACAAGCAAGCAUCAAAACAGAGAAUAACGCCACCUAGCGGCCAUGCAACGAACAGCGCUAAGAACUCAAACGAAGACGUUGCUGUGAGUUCCGUCCAACGCAUAACAGGUGGCAGCAGCGGUGAUGAUAUACUAACUGUCUGUGGGAAUAACAUCGAUAUGACGACGUUGGCAGCCAAUAGGUAA